AUGCGGGCCGUCAUGCGAACACUGGCACCUGUUCGUGAACGAAUUGAAUCGAAGCUUCGGAGUGCCCUGCAGCCCCAGGUACUUCGGGUGGUCGACGAGUCGGACCUGCACGAGGGCCACGCCAGCAAGCCGGCGCACGGGGAGACGCACUUUCGCGUUGCUAUUGUUUCCGCACAGUUUGUGGGCCUCUCUCUGCGCGAGCGUCACCGACGUGUCUACCAGAUUUUGGACCAGGAGCUUGCUGAAUCGGUGCACGCACUACAACUGGAAACGAGGACACCAGCGGAAGCCUCGGACCUCUUGGCUUCGAAAUAG